AGGUCCUCGAGUAGGGGCUAGAUUAUAUUCAGCUACAUAACCCGAAGGCUUUUGGAUUGUUCCCGGAGUCCGUGCGCAACGUUUGACACUGGACCCCGAGGCCUUGCUUGAUUUAGCUUGUCCGGUCCCUCGCGUCUCAUGUUGUUAGCUUUCCAGAGUUGUCCGCGCAUCUGACGCAAUGAAUCGCUUUUCCGUCCUCUACGACGGGCCUCCUGCCAUCAACACUAGAACGGUGCUCUUUGUUGGUCUCUUCGCGAUAUCUUUGCCAGUCAUAGCUCGCGUGGCUUCGUCGCCAGUCGUUCUUGUCGUCCUCGCCCCGAUUUUCAUCGUUCUAGUUGCAAUUUCGUGUCUUCUCGCGAGUAUCUCCCUCGGUCACACCUUAGACUCGAAGGAAGUGAACCGCGCCAGUCCCCUGUUGCAUGCUGCCCGCCCACUAGCGUUUUCUACUCCCGCAGCAUGGCAAGCAGUCCUCAUUCGUUCACAGUGGUCCCAUAGGCUAUCCCAAUCACCGUCCCCUCUGUUGCCAAACAUGCCCACCGUUUCCACCUCAUUGAACGAGGUCAUUACCUUUGUUGUUCGUGACUUCGUGCUUUCUUGGUACGAUGAUAUAUCUUCAUCCCCCGCCUUUCCUACCGCAGUCUCUACCACACUACACUCGUCGGUGGAUCAGCUUUUGCAGCGUGUGUGUGCAGUUGACUUCCCGUCUCUCAUUGUGAAGCGCAUAUUGCCCAAGGUCACUACUCAUAUCGAGCAAUUUCGCCUGUCAGAGGUUGUGCUCCGUGGUGCGGGACUCGAGCGUCGUCUUACUCAAUCGGAGGAGUUGGAUAUGCUACUGGCUAGCAAAUAUGCUAGUAAGGAUGCCAGAUUGCACCCUGCCGUAGACAAUCUCUCCUCCACAUUCACGAAACAAAACGAAGAACAGCACCUGAGGCGCAUUGUAGACCGGAUCUUCCCACAGAUUCUUCCUGAACAGGACGCUCAAAGUAACGUAUUAAGGAUUAUCGUGCGGGAGAUUGUGGCGUGCACUGUGCUCUACCCCCUAAUGGAUAUGAUUGCGGACCCGGACUUCUGGAAUUGCACUAUAGACCAGGUCGCAGGUGCUGCAAUACAUCAACAGAAGCUGGUAUCGAAAGUGAGAAACGUCUUGGAAGCCCAAUCAUCGCGGCGACACCGAUCCACCCCGUCAAAACUUACCUCUGGAGGGGAUACAAUCACUGUUCGCACGGACAACCGGAAAUUUCAAUCCUUUCUACGAAGUAUCAAUCGUUGUUCCUCACUACUCGAUGCACGACGCCUUAAAAAUGAUAUCAUGGUUGAGAUCCGCAGGACAAGACUGCUAUUAGCUAACCAUGAAAAGGACGACUGGAUUGAUGGGGAAAGGACAGAAGACGUCGUGGCAUUUCUAGAUAGGCUGUAUACUGCAAAGCGGACAGUUGAACAGCGUAUUGCCAUCCUCGGAGGAGGGGAGGAUCCGGUCACCAACAUGUCGGAAACAAGUACGAGAUCCCGGGUAUCUUUCCGAGAUGUCCUCAGCAAUCCAACAUCUCUGUCCUACUUCAUGGAGUUCAUGGAUCGGCGACACCGUUCUUUACUGGUUCAGUUCUGGCUUACUGUGGAAAGUUUCAAAAAUCCGCUGGAAGCAGUUGACUCAAGCUCCGAGGAUGAGGAUGAUCCCAUUCAGGAUCCCUCCGCUUCGACCACUCUCAGGGAGGACGUCUCCAUGAUUAACGAUCUAUACUUCUCCAUAACCCCUCCCCAUCCUUGUCUAUCAUCAAUUUCCAAGAAGCACGUCGAUACCAUUCGCCAAUACGCGUCAAAUGAGGUGACUCCAAGCGACCUUGAAAAUAAGAAGGUUCGCCGAAGCGUCAUGUUGGCUCAAAGAGAAGUCGAACAAGGCAUGGAACAAGACUUCGAGGAUUUCCAAAAAUCUGAAUUCUGGUUUCGAGUGCUCGAAGACUCUUCGUCUGAUAAUGCCAGGAUGGCUGCUCCGCAAUCACGAUCGAUAGCACCACUGCCCGCCACCACUCCCAAGUUGAAUCUACUGCCUGCUAAACGAAUUGCUCGCUCAGAAUCGUCACCCAGUCUCGCAUUCUCCGACCUUCACCUCGUUUCAGGAGGUCGACCGGUUGGCUCCGGAUAUGUAAAAAACCCGUCGGCGGUAGCCUCACGCAGUAACAUCGACGUCCUUAUGUCACCAGUGACUGACGCAGAAACGGCGCGAGCACCACUGUUCGACGAUCCCAUUGACAAAGUGCGUGAUGCUGAUGAGGCGGAGCGGAUGCAGGCUAUCCAAGCUGCUCUAACAGACAUCAUUGCUACGGACGAGCAGCUCCGCCAUUUACACAGCAAUGACGGUAAUCUUUCUUCAACCGUUCAAGGUCCCGGAACAACCCACGGCAUGACAGAGGACGAUGAAUAUAUCAACGCAGAAGACGACGAAGAAGACGGCACUGGAAGCAGUGUUGAUACUGUGAAAGAGUCGUUUCAGCUUGCCGGUCCUGGGGAUCUCCAGCUGUCGUAUGAGAUCGGUCGCUUGGAAAACAAGCUCAAGGAACUGGAAGCCCACGCCACUAUGUUGGACACUCUGAUCAAGAAGGCAGAAUUGACUGGUGACACACAAGAGCUUCGGCUCCUUCGCAAAGCGAAAUCUUCGAUGACCAGAGAGAUUAGACAGCUGCAGUUCCAGAAGUCUCAAUACGAACAACAAGAGUCCGCCAAUCGGCUCGUUCCCGAGAGCACGAAAGUAUCUAUAGUGAACUCGACGGUGGGCGAAGAAGAGGGAAAGUCUGUCGUGCGGUAUCUUGUUGAGGUGCAACAGCUUGCACCCGAUAGUACUCUUACUUCCGGCUGGGUUGUCGCUCGUCGGUAUAACGAAUUCUUGCGUAUGCACAACCAACUUCGCGAGAAUUAUGCUCUCGUUCGUGCGCUCGACUUCCCAGGUAAACGGCUAGUCACAUCCUUAACCAGCAGUUUUGUCGACACUCGGCGCCAAGCGUUGGAAAAGUAUAUGCAGAACUUGAUCGCUAUCCCCGCUGUAUGCGAAAGUAAGGAAUUGCGGGCAUUUCUGUCUAGAGUUUCGCCUUUCAUAGCGUCAGAAGUGAAAGAUGAAGAGCCUAAAGGUUCCAGUUCCUAUGGCCGGCACCUUGUUCGGACCAUGUACCGCUCGGUCACGGAGAGCAUCGACGACAUGUUCUUUGGCCCGUCAAUGCUGGAUGUGAUGAUUCAACGUCUCACACGCCAAGCAGCCAGCCUAGUGGGGAUAGCAGGUUCCGCAGUCAACGACGAAGAACUAGUUGCGCAGGCUCUGAAGGCGUUAGGCAAAGUAACACCUUGGGAUUCACUGAUGCAAAUGUCAGGGGAUUUGAAGCCGCUAGAUGGCGAGACGAGCUCGUCUAGUUUCUCCGCCCCCAUCUGCGAUUUAGUUCUUGCCGUCUUCGAGCUUGACAAGAAGAAUAACUGGCUUCGCCGCCAAGCUAUUGUCAUAAUUCUUCAGCAGGUUCUGGGCGACACCAUUGAGAGGAAGAUGCGCCAGAGCCUUAGCUCUCUAUAUGACGAGAGCCAACUAGCCCGCGCCCUUGGCAUGUUGCGAGACACGUUGUGGCCAGGGGGGGAAAUGAGAACACCACCGCAAGCACGUACGCCCGAGGAGAAACUCCGUAGCAGAAACGAAGCUAACCGCAAAUUAUCAGCCCUAGUCCCCGACCUCGCAGCUAACAUGAUUGGUCGGUCAAAUGCCCGAAGAGGAGCACGGCGGAUAUUUGCCGUGUUGCAGAACCGUCGACUGAACCAACACAUCUCCUAUACCAUCCUUGACGAGUUGGUCGCUGCGAUAUUUCCAGAAAGGCCGACGCUCGCGACGAGUUCCCAUGUGACCCAACCCUAAUCCUGUGUAUUUGCCUCUCCCUCCGACGUUCCCCUUUCCUGAAAGUCCAGUUGCAUCGGCGUAGGGGGGCCUCUU